CAAAUACAGAGAAAAUAACAAUCAAGGAAGAAGAUGAAAUCAUGGAAGAAGAUACAUUGAGACAAUACAAAAUAAUGUUCUCUCUCUUUUUUGAAACAUUGACCAAGUUGGAACAAGAAGGUAAUUUCGAAGCCUAUCAUUACCUGCUGAAAAAAUUCGAGACAAGAAUUACUCCCCAAUCAGGUGAAAACUUUGUAGAGAAUAUUAAAACUCUGAAUAUUAGAUCAUCUACGAUGAACAUUGGAAAGGAAAUUGAAAAGAUUCAAAAUUUUGAUGAUCGUCUAGAGUUUGAAAACAUGUAUCGUUUAAUAAUGGCAAAGAAGAGGGAUGAAGAAUAGAUUAAAAAAAUGAAAAAUGAUCCCUCUAAUAAUACAAUGAUGCAUCAAUUAUGUAAUAACAAUACGAUAGCAUCACUCGGAGAUGAGAAUCCUUCAAAGAAGAAGAAGGCAAAUUGUAAAGAUGAAUACUGUCACAUUGUUGAAUAUUUUAAUCAACUAUAUUUAUUUGUGCAAGAUUUGGAAAGUUGGGAAGAAGGGAAAUCAAUUUUUGAUUAUAGGAAAAUAAUUUCCAAAAUUUCACAACAAUUAGAUAAUUCAAAAGAAAAUACAAUAGAAAUUAUUCAAUACAAUUCAUUAACUCCUUGUUUGUUAGAUAACAUUUCGAGCUCAUUAAUGCCAAUUCUUUUUUUGACUGAAAAGUCUGGAAGAGAUUUGUUUCAUGAUCCACUCAUUUGCUACUUUUCCCAAAAGAUUAUCUUCAAAUUGUGGAUUUUGGAUGUGAAAAAGAGUAAUGAUUUUUUGAACUUGUUGUGUGAAAUUGUUCGAAUUGUAAAAUUAAGAAAUGAGGAAUGUAUCAUGUUAAUUAGAAAUAUUGUAAAACAUUUGAGGAAAUCCCAACAAGAGUUCGAUUCUGAAAUUUUAUUUCGAUUGAUUAUUAGGAUUACCGAUCAACUAGUUGAAACUUAUAAGAAUAAUAAUCUUUCAGAUUCAUUUUCUCUCCUCUUUGCAACCAAUGACAUGAUUUAUAAUUAUAUCAAACUUGUAGAAAAUCUUGACCUUUCUGAAUUGAUUGCAAGUAGAAUUUUAUCCUAUUGUAUUGCCAUGUUAGAGUGUAAUGGUACUCGUAUGGAUGUCAAUUCAAAAAAGUUAUUUUCCAUCAUGAGAAAAGUUAUUGAAAUUUCUUCACAUGAUUUUGUCAACCAGCUUACUAACGCGAUAGGUCAUUAUCCUUCUCUAUUCAACAGCAAUGAGUGUAUUGAGACUGAUUUUUGCAGUGAGCGUGUAGAAUCAUCGGUGCAGAGAGAGUUUCUCCUCUUGGUUAUCAAGAUGGUUGAAAAAUGUAAUUAUAACAAUCUUUCUAGUGAGUCCAUUUGGCACCAACUGGAUUUGAAGAGCAUCUUUGAAACGAGUGAAGAAAUGUUCUAUUCAACCAUUCAGAGAAUUUGUUCCAUGCAUGAUGUGAGCUUGUUAAAAGUUUUCCUUUCUCUCUUUCACAUACAUUCCAAUUGGCUAAAGUUUUAUCAGCUGCAAGAAGAAUCCAAAAAUUGUCCAACCACUACCGAUGACAAAUUACUAGCAGAGAGAAUUAAUCAAUUCAUGAAUAACCUUUUAAAUCCACUCUCAAUAAUUUACCACUUGCUGAGCAUUUUGAACUUUAACAUUCAAGUGUUGAUGGAUUAUUUAAUUUCUGAUGAAACUUGUGAGUGCAUUCUAGAGUUGAUAUUCAAGACGUGUCGAUGGUAUCAAUACUAUGUUUCCAACCAAGAGAAGGAUGAGAGGACGGGACAUGAGCAGAUUGAAGAUAGUCAACAACAAACGAUGAUGACUAGUGUUGUAUCCGUGAUGAAUAAUUUACAUUUGGAAAUUUACCAACUCUACUCCAAAGGAAUCUUCCCCUAUGAUGCUAGUACAUUGUUGAAGCGAUUGCUAAUAUUUGAUAGGAAGCAAAGAUGA